AUGGCAGACUGCGAAAAUUUGAAGAGCGACGACUUCAAUUCCUAUGGGACCUUCCUCGGCCUGCGAUAUUGCAAAGGAACUGGAGCUAUCCGUUUGAUGUAUUGUACCAUUGUCGCCUUGGCCCUGUCGUUGUUUCGAAUUAUUGCUGACCUGGCACUGGGAUUUGCAAUUGUGCAUCAUUCCUCUUGGUCAUUUCUGAUUGCUUCAUUGGUGGAUUUGCUGCUGGCAGUGACCGCUUCAGCGGCCGCAUGGUUUGCGGUGAAAGAACGACGCUACGGCAUCAUUGUAUUUUCCAUCAUCUCCUUUUUGGAGACGGCACUUUACAGUGCAAUCUAUUUUCUGAUUGUUGUCAUAGCUCCUUGGUCGCAGGAUGGUAGAAACCAACUGAGCAAUGCCAGUGGUCUUUUUUUUUUAAAGCAGAUAAUUUAG